AUGACUUCGAAUCCUUCCAAAGGAACAUUAUUCACCCACGCCACCAUCAUAACCGUCAACCCCGACCGCAGCAUAAUCCGCAAUGGCUACAUCCUCGUCCGCGACACCCGCAUCGCCGCCAUCGGGGCAUCUCCCUUCCCCGCAGACCUUCUCACCCCAGACACAACAACCAUCGACUGCACCGGCAAGAUCAUCCUCCCAGGACUGAUCAACAUCCACGCACACCUAGUACAGUCCCUUCUCCGCGGACUAGCCGAAGAUCUCCCCCUCCACAACUGGCUCUGCGAUGCAAUCUGGCCCCUCGAAGCAUCCUACGCAGAUAAAGACGGCUACCAUGCUGCGCGGCUCACCAUUGCGGAGAUGCUCAAGACGGGGACGACAUGUUUCUUGGACCCGAUGGUGACCUACCGAGCGGGAUGGGAGAGUGUCUGUGAUACUGUCGGUGAGAUGGGAAUUAGGGGCUGCCUGGGCAAACUCAUCAAAUUCCCCGAAACUAAUCGCCAACUAUCCAUCACCGACCCACGCGACCAAGACCUCCUCGCCAUGUCCAUUCCCGGGCUCCUCUCUGCUCACGAAGCCCACCACGGCACGCAUAAUAACCGACUGCACGUCUGGGCUGCAGCGGGAACUCCCCGAGGUGCGCCAGCCUCAUUAUACAGCGAGCUGGGAGAAACCUGCGCAAGGCAUAGCAUCUCACUCACCAUGCACUGCGCUGAGGCACCCAAAGACCGAGAGAUUUACCACGAUGUAUAUGGUUGCAGCGCGAUGGAAUUCAUUCGCGAUACGGAGCUCUGUCCCAAGGUCCAGGAUAAGCAGGGCAAAAGCCAUAACCUCGUGCUAGCACAUAUGGUCAACCUUGAUCUUGAAACCGAUUUACCUCUAAUUAGUGCAACGCAUACGUCCGUCGCACAUAACCCGAGCUCGAAUCUGAAAUUGGCGUCUGGGGUGGCGCCGGUACCGGCCAUGCUGGGGCAUGAACAAGAAAUAAAUGUGGGAUUAGGCACAGACGGCGCGCCGUGCUCGAAUCACUACGAUAUGUUCCAGGAGAUGCAUCUAGCUGCGAUUCUGCAUAAGGGGGUAUGUCAGGAUGCAAGGGUAGUUGGGGCGGGGGCGGUGCUGGAGAUGGCUACAAUUAAUGGGGCACGGGCGCUGGGGCUGGAAGAUGAGAUUGGGAGCUUGGAGGUGGGAAAGAAGGCGGAUUUGGUGGUUCUGGAUCCGUAUGGCAAGGGUGGGAUGGGGGCUGCGCCGUGGCAUUGGGAGGACGAGGACGGGGCGAGUGUCAUCACCACGGUGGUUCAUGGGUGUACGGGGAGGGAUGUGGAUUUGACCAUGGUUGAUGGGAAGAUAUUGGUUGUUGAUGGAAAGUUGGUUGAGGGACUGGAGGGGGAGAUUAUUUCGCUGGCCCAGGAAGCUAGUCGGGGGGUUAGAGAGAGGUGUAGAAGCAAGCAGUCAGGUCUAUGA